GUCGCCUUUGCUUAAGGGUCACAUUGAACUACUGCUGCUCCAGGGCAGUCUUUAGGAGUUGGCACCAUGGCUGAAGACAUCAAGACCAAAAUCAAGAACUACAAAACUGCCCCCUUUGACAGCCGCUUCCCAAACCAGAACCAGACCAGGAACUGCUGGCAGAACUAUCUGGACUUCCACCGCUGCGAGAAGGCAAUGACCGCAAAGGGGGGUGAUGUCUCCGUGUGUGAGUGGUACCGACGUGUAUACAAGUCCCUCUGCCCCAUAUCAUGGGUCUCAGCCUGGGAUGAAAGCAGAGCAGAAGGCACAUUUCCUGGGAAGAUCUGACCUGGCUCCACCCACCUCUCCUCUGUUCGCUCUCCUCCCCCUGCAGUAAAGGGGGACCUGGGUAUAUGAUGGUCCCUACUCUGGGACCCUGAAUC